CUUUAAUGUAUAAUUGUUUUUUCCAAUUUCAUGAGAUCAACAAAAUAAAAAAAAAUUUGCUUUCAUUUAUUUAAUAGAAAAAUAUGAUAUUGAAGCCUUGAUAUAAAAAUGUUAAUAACCGGAUCAAAAUUGGAUCGUCAGGAAAGUGGAGGAAGUUCCACUAUAAAGUCAGAGCGCAAUGUUUUAUUCGCAUUUAUAUUAUUUAAGUCCAAGAUGAAUGUGCGUUUAUUUAUGUUUGCGUUGAUUUUGUGUCUAAUUUUUUUUGUACGUCCACCAGGUGCUUUUGGAUAUUUAUGGCCUAAACAAAAUACAUAUAUGACCAGAUGGGACAAAGUUAAUAUUGAUGAAAUUUUAAACAAUAAACGACUUUUGCAUCAUUAUUUUAAUUGUCUUAUGUCCAAGGGACCAUGUCCCCCUGAUGGUAUGGAAUUAAAAAGAUCUUUGCCAGAAGCUUUAGCCACAGGUUGUGCUAAAUGUACCAAAAGUCAAAUUGAAGGAGCAGUAAAAAUUAUUCGACAUCUCAGGGAAUUUGAAGCAGAUAAAUUUGAAAUACUCGCUAAUAAAUACGAUCCACAAGGAAUUUAUCGACAAAAAUACUUUGAACCACCACCUGAUGAUAAUAAUGCAGCUUAAAAUUAAAAAUCUUUCUUUCACUUAUUUUUAUUUAUUUAAAAAUUCAUAAGUAUUCCGAUUUUUUUUUUAAUUUUGCAAUUUAAAUAUUUUACGACCAAGUAUUAUUAUUAUUUAAUAACAAUAACAUAGAAUAUUAAUAAUAAUAUAUAUGGUACUCGAUUAUUAAUAAUUAUAAAUUAUAAAAUAAUUAUUAAAAAUUAUUUGUAUCAA